UGUGGCUCAAAAAUGAUUAUAUAUUACGUGAUUUCAACAGUGUCAUUCCUUAUUGCUACCAUUAUUCUCGGUGCAGUGCUGAUAAAAAUACUGUUUAUGCAAGCAAAAGACAAGAACAACAACGAUAAGAAAUUAUCUUGCAAUGUGAGCACCAAUUUUAUGGAUGAUUCUAUAAAAUGGCCCAAACCAAGUGCCAGCUUUUUGGGUAAAUUCAAAAAAGCAGCCGUUAGUAGUGAAAAUGGACAAUGCAGCGAAAUCGCGCGAAACAUACUUCUUGCUGGAGGGAAUGCUGUUGAUGCAGCGAUUGGUUCAAUGCUUUGUCUAGGAGUCGUUAAUCCCCAGUUUUCGGGUCUUGGUGGUGGAUUUUUCAUGACGAUCUACAACUCGACGAAUCAACAUUGUUUGUCUCUAAAUGCUCGAGGAAAGGCGCCAGAUUCUCUGAAUAUAUCAACAUUUUACGAUAAUGAUUAUUCUAAACAUGGUUAUAAUGCAGUAGCGAUUCCUGCUGAAGUGCAUGGAUUUUGGACAGCAUAUAAAAAGUUCGGUAGUGGGAAAAUUGUUUGGGAAGAACUUUUUCAGCCAUCGAUUGAUCUUGCUAUCAAUGGUUUCCCAGUUUCUUUCAGUUUGGCAGCGAUUUUAACUGAAAGAGAAGAUCAGAUUCGUCUUGAUAGUGCAUUAAAGAAAAUUUUCAUUGAUCCUAUAACUGAACGAGCAUAUGAAGAAGGAGAUAUAAUAAAACGUGAACAUCUUGGAUUCACACUACGCCUUAUAGCUAAUUCAUCAGAUCCAAUUGCUUUGUUCUAUCAAGGUGGUCUUGCUCAAACAAUUGCUGCCGAAAUCUUUGAAAAUGAAAGCCCGGUCGAAAACAGAGAAUUUCUCGAUGAGUUUGUAAUGUGUGGUCCUCCACCACCAAGCUCAGCAGUUGUCGCACAAAGUAUUGUUGCAGUCGUUUCAGAGUUCUUCGGAAGGGAAAAAGGAUACUCCCUUGAAAGUCCUCUGUUUUAUCAUACGUUCAUCGAGGCAGGAAAGUAUACUUAUGGUGACAAAUUCAAACUUGGCGAUGCUUAUUUCAAUGAAGCGCUUAUGAAAAUAGCAAGAAACAUGACAAAAAAAACUUAUGCAAGGUGGAUCAAAACGAUGAUACAAAAAAAAAUCGCACCAAAAGAAUAUUACAAUCUAAAGACAAAUCAAAGGGAUGAUCAUGGUACUUCCAGUGUUGUAAUCAUCGACCAAUCAAAUAAUGCUGUUUCAUGUUCUGGUUCAUUAAAUAGAAUGUAUCGAUUUGGUUCUAUGCGAGCAUCACCCACACUUGGAAUAAUUUGGAACGACAAUAUGCAGGAUUUCUCACAACCGAGUAAAAAUGGUUCUAAUGGCAACCAGCAUGAAGCAAAUUCUAUUGCACCAGGCAAAAGACCUAUGAGCAGCAUGUCACCCUUAAUUAUUUACAGCAAAAAAACAGGAAAGACUAAACUGGCUAUUGCUGCCUCAGGCGGAUCACCCUUGAUUUCUGCAAUGGCACAAGUCAUUAUCCGAAUAUUCCUUUUCAACCAAACUGUAAAAGAAGCAAUCGAUGCACCGAGAAUACACCAAUUUGGUCCAUCAACGACAGAAUACGAAAAAUCAUUCCCACAAAAAUUAAUAAGCUAUCUGAUCAAUGAUUACGCUCAAAUAAUGGUUCCUAGCAAACAAUACUUGGGUUCCGUGCAAGCAUUAGAGGUCAAAGAAAAUGGUUUUAUAUAUGGCAGCAACGAUUUCCGAAAGCCAGUCACCACUUAUGCAACCGGCUAUUGA